AUGGCGGAGUUCCGAGAAGAGGACGUGAGGGUCGGCGCGAACAAGUUCUCGGAGAGGCAGCCGAUCGGGACGGCAGCACAGGGGGACAAGGACUACGUGGAGCCGCCGGCGGCACCUCUGUUCGAGGCUGGGGAGCUGACGUCGUGGUCCUUCUACCGGGCGGGGAUCGCCGAGUUCGUGGCCACCUUCCUCUUCCUCUACAUUACCAUCCUGACCGUCAUGGGUGUGAAGCGCUCCCCUUCCAUCUGCUCCUCUGUGGGGAUCCAGGGCAUCGCCUGGGCCUUCGGAGGCAUGAUCUUCGCCCUCGUCUACUGCACGGCCGGCAUCUCUGGUACGAACCCUCCCCCCUGCCCCCCGUUCCUCCUCUCCCCUGCAACUUUCUGUGCUGGGUUUGACUCCUCGGUAGAGACUUCGCCGGAAUAUUUGUCUGUAGAAAUUUUCUCUUUUACUGCGUCCGAGAUUUCUGCUAGGAGACUUCGAUGAACUGCCUUGGGAAUCAGAUCUUCUCAAUUGUGUGUGUGUGUGAGAGAGAGAGAUGGACUUGAAUCUUCCCGCCGGGGACCGGAUAUCUGGCGGCUGAUGGAACCUCACUCUCCUGUGGCGUCCAUUGCAGGUGGGCACAUAAAUCCGGCGGUUACGUUCGGGUUGCUGCUGGCCCGGAAGCUGUCGUUGACACGGGCACUGUUCUAUAUGGUCAUGCAAUGCCUGGGAGCCAUCUGCGGCGCCGGCGUGGUCAAAGGGUUCCAGAAGUCGCCCUACCAGCAGCUGGGUGGCGGCAGCAACAGCGUCGCCCCCGGGUACACCAAGGGCGAUGGCCUCGGCGCCGAGAUCGUCGGCACCUUCGUCCUCGUCUACACCGUCUUCUCCGCCACCGACGCCAAGCGUAGCGCCCGCGAUUCCCACGUCCCGGUGAGCGCACCGUCUGGUGGAGCCUCCCAAUUUCUCUCUCCCUUGGUUCUUACUGACGCAGGGGCUCAACGGAACAGGUGCUGGCUCCGCUCCCCAUCGGGUUCGCCGUCUUCCUCGUUCACCUGGCCACCAUCCCCAUCACCGGGACGGGCAUAAACCCGGCCAGGAGCCUGGGGGCCGCCAUCAUCUACAACAGGAAGUCUGCAUGGGACGACCACGUAAGUGAUAUCGCUCGCUCGCAGUGCAUAUAUAUAUAUGGAUCUAUCUCUUUCACCAUGAACGGAGAUGAAGUCUCACUAUCUUCCCCCCCGUGGACGACCCCCGUCGUUCUUCUCCCGCGCAGUGGAUCUUCUGGGUGGGUCCGUUCAUUGGAGCGGGGCUCGCGGCCAUUUACCACCAGGUCGUGAUCAGGGCCAUCCCCUUCCGGUCCAGCUCGUAG